AGGAUGGUGGUGAAGUGGACCUCACCCUAUUAUGCCUUCUAUGAGAAGCGCCCCCGCAUUGACGACUCAACGGGGAAGCGCUGCCACGUCUUCUCGUGUCUCAUGAAGGGAAGGGGCUGCAAGUCCCCAGAAAAGCGCCGAUAUCUUCAUACCGGUGACUCGUCGUCUACCGGUUCGCUCCAGAAGCAUGUGAUCUGGUGCUGGGGGCAGGAAGCAGUCGACAACCUCUUGGCCACGCAGCUCCCUGUUGACGACACACGUCAGAAGCUGUUGAAGUCGAAGGCCCGGAGCGGGGACAUCAGUGUCAUAUUCGAGCGCGCAGACGGUGCGAAGGGACCGGUGACGUACUCCAACCGGCAGCACACAAACGCAGAAGUCCGUAUUUUGAUAGUGCGCUGGGUUGCGGAGUCGUCAAGACCAUACAACAUUGUCAAAGAUCGCCACCUACUUACCUUGCUGAAGACCGGACGUCCGAACUACAAAGUGCCGUCUGCGACGACUGUUGCCCGUGACGUAAAGUCCGUAUUUGCAGGAUCUCGGUCAACAAUGCGGAAGCUCCUGCGUAAAUAUCCAGGCCGUCUUAGUUUCUCGACCGACUGCUGGACCGCACCAAAC